CUGGAGCGGGUCGUGGCAAGGAUCGCGACGAUCUCUCGCCAGUGUCUCGGCCGAUCCCGCAUCGAUCGCACCACGUCGCUCGCAUCAGCUCGCCAAGCAAAACCACCAACAUUUACAUAGAUACGUGCGUGCCCGGGUGUCUCGCUCGAUUUUCCAUCGAUUCCUCUCUCUUGCUCUCUCUAUAUCCUCUUCUCCCUUCUCCGAUUCUCAUCCGAUCUUCCCGUUGAUCCUUUUCUCUUCUUCUUCCACCUGUUCCACCUCUCUUUCUUUCGCCUCUCCUCAUCAGCAUCCCCUGUAUACGUCUCUCGGCUCCCACCUUCCGGAUCGUAUAUGCCUCUACCUUGCCAAAGUGCAGCAUCAUCACCGGCGGAUCGUUCCCACGAUCACUGUCGCGGCCAGCAGCGAUCGAGAAGGUGCUGCAUCCGCCGCGUAUAUUAUAUACGCGGAUCACUCGUCACGUGCCGGGACCGGAUUCGAAGAGGAUCGACGAGAUCGGCGGGAUCGUUGCCUUAAGCGAGAUCGUGUGGACGUGAAGGAUCUACUGGGCGGGACAUGUCUUAGCAAAACGGUUCUUCGAAACGACGACGAAGAGGAGACCCCCAACAUCUCCAUAAUAACGUUCGAACCGGCACACUUACUUAGCGAGAGGACCGACUUUCUCCAGUCAAGCUGUGUUCUUCAGCCAGCAGCUCUUCGAGGUCGCCGCGAGAAAACGCGACGAGGACAAUAAAUCGCGAAAAAUCCUACGCAUCGCCGUUUAUCGAAUGACAAUUGGGACGGAUCCUCUUUGAGAAGAACUGGGUGUACAAUUGUGUGCGGGACGCGAGCCUUCAGGGAUAUUUCGGACAAGAGGAGACGUCGCGAAAGAGACAGCUGCUAUUAACGGGGACGCGGAAUUUGCAUCUCGCGCUUCCUCCUUCGACGAUCUCGUGGUGCUGUGUGAUCUCGGGGUGAACGCUCGGUGAACGUCGGAGACGUCAGGAUGAGGGUGCAUCGCGGGAUCUGCGCCAAACUGCAGGGCGGCUUUCUCAGACGAUGGUGGGCGGCUGUCGCGAUCGGAGCUUUGCUGAUAAUUUUGGCUGCCGUGUUAGCGGUACUGUUUCCGAAUAUCAUCAAUUUCGUCCUCGAUAAAGAGCUUGCGAUACAAGAGGGCGGUCGUACGUUCAAGUUUUGGAAGGCACCGCCGGUGGUACCACGCUUGCAAGUCUAUAUCUACAAUGUGACGAAUGCCGACGAAUUUUUGAACAACGGCGAGAAACCGGUGCUGCAAGAAUUGGGUCCGUACGUUUAUCUGCAACGCUGGGAGAAGGUGGACAUUCAAUUCAACGACAAUGGAACCGUUAGCUAUAAAGUGAAGAAAACCUUUAACUUCAACGAGGAAAUGUCGGCCGGCUCCCAGGAUGAUCUCGUGGUGGUGCCAAAUGUUCCCAUGUUAUCGGCUACCAGCCAAUCGAAACACGCUGCCCGCUUUCUACGACUCGCGAUGGCGUCCAUCAUGGACAUUCUCAAGAUCAAGCCGUUCGUCGAAGUGUCGGUCGAGCAGCUGCUCUGGGGUUACGAGGACCCCCUGCUGAAGCUGGCCAAGGACGUCGUGCCCAAGGAGCAAAAGCUGCCGUACGAUCAGUUCGGUCUGCUCUACGGCAAGAACUCCACCAUGCCGGAUCUGUACACGAUAUUCACCGGCGCCAACGACAUCACCAAGUUCGGAAUGAUGGACAGGUGGAACGGCAAGGACGGUCUCGGGUUCUGGACCACGGAAGAGUGCGACUCCGUCAUGGGCACCGAUGGCAGCAUCUUCCCGCCCCACAUCACCAAGGAAAGCGUACUCAAGGUCUUCGACAAGGAUCUCUGCAGGACGUUGCCCCUGGUCUUUCAGCGUGACGUGGUAGCCUCCGGAGGAGUCCCCGGUUACAGAUUUUCUCCUCCUCUCAAUGUCUUUACCUCGGAGCAGAAUUUGCCAUCGCAGAAGUGUUACUGUCCGGGUGGACCACCAUGUGCACCAGAAGGCACGUUUAAUGUUUCCAAAUGCCAGUACGAUUCGCCAGUUCUUCUCACAUUCCCGCACUUCUAUCUUGCCGAUCCGGCUUUACGAGAGGCUGUGACGGGCAUAUCGCCACCAGAUGCCGAAAAACAUCAGCUCUACAUUGACGUGCAGCCGAUAAUGGGCACAGCUAUGAAAGCAAGAGCGAGGAUACAAAUCAAUCUCGCGGUUAGCCAAGUACGAGACAUCAAGCAGGUCGCUUCGUUCCCCGACAUCGUUUUUCCCAUUAUGUGGUUCGAGGAUUGCGUCGACGAGCUACCCGAGGAGAUGCGCACCUUGCUGAAGCUGGUGGUGGACCUGCCUCCGGUGGCCCAUGCCGCGGUUUCCGGUGCACUCGCGGCGAUCGGCGCGAUUGUCCUACUAGGCGCAUUUAUGUGCUUAGCACGUGCCGCCAAACGCCAGGAGAAGCUGCAUCUGAGCAGUCCGUUGCCAGCGAACGCGACCAGCACCAAGACUGGCCAGUUGAAUCUAGGCUUCAGCAAGUAAACGCGUGUCCAAUUUAAAUGAUCGAGGGAGAGAUAGUCGAUGAGUGCGCGAGUGCCUCGAGUCUUAUCCCGCGACGAGUUUCGUGCGCGAGGACCUGUACGAUAAUCUCGUACUUAUCUUGUAAGGCGAUGGGCAUGUGCUUUAUCUCUCAAUUAGGAUUUUUUUUUUUUUUUACGAGCGAAUUUCUCUGGUCUCGCGAGAGAGAGAGAGAGUGCGAGGCGAAUUUCAUCGGCCCCUUCGCGCACACGCCGAUAUGUUAGAUUAUUUAUGUUACGUCUCUCUUCUUUUCCUUCCCCGCUUAUCGGGGAAGUAUUUCGACAGAUGGACGAGUCGUGUAGGUAUGCAAAUAAAUUCGAGAUUUGUGGAACAAGCGUUUCGGUAUUACAUUCGUUAUUUUACCACGUUUUACGAAACACAAUUACUAAACAUAAUUGAGAUUGGUAAAUCGAUAUUUUUCUAAAAGAAUGACCCAAUUUCGAAAAUUCGUAUUGAGAAAAAUAUUUUAGGAAUGAAUAAUUUUUUGCUGAAUUUAGAAUUGAUAUUUUGUAACGGGAAAUAUUCAUUGUAAUUUAAAAAAUUUUUAAUAUUGAAUUUCUUAACGAAUAAAAAGACACUUUGCUAAAUUUAGUUGAAAUGAACAAGAAAACAAGGUUUUAUUAUUCCAUUCUGAUUACACAUCUCAAGAUUGUUUUAUGGAAAUGUUUUCCUUUUACAUUAAAUGUUAAAAACUAAUUUACAACGCUUCUAUGCAAUAUUUUUCUCAAUAUGAAAAUGAAAAACCGGAGUUAAGUCAUCUUCUGAGGAACUUGACGAUUGAAUUUACGAUGACAUUUACAACAUACGUUUUGUAUCCGAAUUGUUAAUAUUAAUGAGCCAUUUUUCUUGUUCCACGAUCGAAAUCAUUACAGAAUUUUACAUCGCCGUUUAAUCACGCGAGACAAUACGGAUAAUAAUCGCUGUGAAUUAUUGUCAGAAAGAUCGGAGAUGAAAUUGAUAUUCCGUCCAUGAGGCAUCCCGAGGCCAAGUUACGUUUGCGACUUUAAUCGGGAUUGCGCGAGUGUGUUUGCGAUGAGGAGUUGUGCAAUGGAGACAUAUCAAUAGCAGAACGACAGAAAUUUUUUCUGUACAUAGAACUUGGCCGUCGUUAUCGUUUAUUAAUUGUAAUUACUAAGAAUGUAUUUUUCUCGUUAUUUUCGUUUGUACAUGUAUUACUAUUAUUUUAUUAUUAUUAUUAUAAAUAUUA